GUUGGAGGUAUGGAAUUAUUUGGCUUGUCACGCUCGUUGGCCGUCGACCUCAUAUGAGCUUCUUCUUCUUCUUCUUCUUCUUCUUCUUCUUCUUCUUCUUCACAGUCACAGCAUAUAUAAGAGAAGAGAAGAGCAGAGAAGAGCAGACCAUAGCAGACAAGGAAGCAAGUAAGGAAGGAAGGAAGGAAGAAGGCGACCUCCCUCGCCGGUUGCCGUUCCCACGCCGCCACAUUCCCCGUCCGUCGCUCUUCCUUCUUCCUCCCGUGGCUAGCUGUAUGUAUGUAUGAUAGUUGCAAGUUGCAACAAUGCUCUUUCAUCUUCAUCUUGUACAUCAAAGGCCAACAACAUGACAGACCCUGCUGCCAGCAACCACCUUCUUCACCCAACAACAGCAGACCCAUCCCAGUCCCAGCCCAGCUUCAGAGCAAACUCAGCAGCAGGCCUCGGGGUCAGAGAGAUCACGCUACCCAAUGGCGACGUCUACUCCGGCACGCUCUCAUCAUCAUCAUCAUCACAUUCGCAGCAGGUGCCCGAGGGCACGGGCCGCUACGUCUGGGCCGCCGGCAGCUGCUGCGUGUACGAGGGCGGGUGGAAGAGGGGCGCGAGGCACGGCCAUGGCAGAACCCUCUGGCCCUCCGGGGCCGUCUACGAGGGCGACUACUCCGCCGGGUUCAUGGACGGCCAGGGGACCUAUGUCGUCGGCGUCGCCAGCUCCUCUUCAUCAUCAUCAUCCUAUACCUACAAGGGGCAGUGGAAGCUGGACCGCAAGCACGGCCACGGCCUCCAGACGUACCCCAACGGGGACACAUUCGAGGGCUCCUGGGUGCAGGGCCACAUGGAGGGCCAUGGCUGCAGGUACACCUGGGCCAACGGCAACACCUACGUCGGCACCAUGAGGAACGGCACCAUGUUCGGCAAAGGGGUGCUCACAUGGAGCGCCACCGGGGACUCGUUUCAGGGGAACUGGCUCGACGGCGCCAUGCACGGCUACGGGCUCUACACCUGGGAGGACGGCGGGUGCUACCUCGGGACGUGGACCAGGGGACUCAAGGAUGGAAAGGGCACAUUCUAUCCUAACAAGUGCAGACUUCCUGCCAAUCACCAGCUCUACAUCGACGAUCUGAGGAACAGGGGCGUGCUGCCUGAUGACAUGUCAACAAAUGACACCUCCUCUUCUUCCCUCGAUGCGAAGGCCGACACAGAUCAAGAGCCUGCUGCUGCACCAGCACAUCUUAACAAGUCCUGGAGAAACUUGAGCUUGGAGCGGCCUCCGGUAAAGAAGCCGUCUCUGCAGAGGCGCUGGAGCAUCGGAGUGGCCAUCGACAAGAUCAUCGGCGCUCAUGAGCCAAUAAGUGGUGCAGGUUCUGAAACACAAACACAACAAAACAUGGCUGCUUGUUCUAGCCUGCCGAUACUGGAAAGGGAGUACGCGCAGGGCGUUCUCAUCAGCGAGGUCGUGCUGAACAAGAGCUGCCUGGAAGACUCGUCCAAGAAGCUGAGCCGUCGGCAGAGCAGGGCGGCCAAGGAUGUCAAAAGGCCAGGGGAGAUGAUAAUCAAAGGGCACAGGAGCUAUGAUCUGAUGCUCUGUUUACAGCUUGGAAUCAGGUACACGGUUGGGAAGAUUACGCCGAUUCAGAGGCGUCAAGUGCAAGCCUCUGAUUUCGGCCCCAAGGCUAGUUUCUGGAUGAACUUCCCCACAAAAGGAACACGGCUUACUCCUGCGCACCGUGCUGUCGAUUUUAAGUGGAAGGACUACUGUCCGGUGGUCUUCAGAAAUUUGAGGGAGAUGUUCAAGCUUGAUACAGCAGAUUACAUGAUUUCCAUUUCUGGAAGUGACGCGCUUAGGGAGCUGUCGUCUCCUGGAAAGAGUGGAAGUAUGUUUUUCUUAUCGCAAGAUGACCGCUUCAUGAUCAAGACUCUUCGCAAAUCUGAAGUGCAGGUUCUUUUGCGUAUGCUUCGAGACUAUUACCGCCAUGUCCAUACUUAUGAUAACACACUCGUGACUAAAUUUUUUGGCCUCCACCGGGUGAAACCUUCCAGCGGGCAAAAGUUCAGAUUUGUAGUGAUGGGCAACAUGUUCUGCACACAACUUAGAAUCCAUCGAAGAUUCGAUUUGAAAGGUUCAUCCUUAGGCAGAUCUACUGACAAAGUUAAAAUCGACGAGAACACGACGCUCAAAGACCUGGAUCUGAACUACUCAUUUUAUCUCGAGCCUUCUUGGCGGGAUGCUUUGCUCAAGCAGAUUGAGAUCGACAGCGAAUUUCUGAAGAAUCAGGGCAUAAUGGACUACAGCUUGCUUCUUGGUUUCCAUUACCGGGCUCGCCAAAGCCGCCUUGUAAGAGGAGGGUCAUUGCCUGAAAGCAUUUUGCAAGAUAACAAACUAGCCCUUCUUUCGGAACAAGAUGCCAUGGAGGAUGAUACCGCCUAUAACGACUACCGCGAAGGGCUGGUUUUGGUGCAGCGAGGCAGCAACCAAGAUGGUAAAGUCGCAGUCGGCCCUCACAUAAGAGGGAGCCGCCUGCGAUCAUCGUCUGCUUGUUACGAGGAAGUGGAUCUCCUGCUUCCAGGCACAGCAAGGCUUCAGAUCCAGCUAGGGGUGAACAUGCCGGCAAGAGCAGAGAAAGAAGAGAAACAAGAGAAAGACGGCGGCAAAUCGCUCCGUCAGGUGUACGACGUGGUGCUCUACAUAGGGAUCAUCGACAUCCUGCAGGAGUACAGCAUGAGGAAGAAGGUGGAGCACGCCUACAAGUCCAUCAAAUACAACCCCCAGUCGAUAUCGGUCGUGGAGCCCCGCUUCUACUCGGAGCGCUUCCUCAACUUCAUCCGCACCGUCUUCCCAGAAAACUCACCCAACCAAUAAAUUCAUUCAUCUUUCCUUCCUUCCUUCCUUGUCCCCAGCAAGAAAAAAUGCAACAGAAAGAUCCAAGGAAAUGUGCUCUGCUUGCUACAUUGCUGUCCAUGUGUGUGGUUUGAGAUGGUUGGAAGCAAAAGCAAUGUGUGUAUUUUGUCAAAAAGCAGCAUUGACAAAACUAGUCAUGACUAGCAGUGAGUGCUCCAUUAUGCAUGGAUGUGGUUUCGGUUUUCUGCCACCCCACUAUACAUAGAUGUGACACGUGUCUGUUACCCAAACCCAUCCAUACAUCUGUCAUCUGCUACUGGCUCUUUUUUGUUGUGAUGAACAGGAGCUUAGCUAGUGGGGUUAAUUAGGUGAGAUGAUGACAUGAAACCAUGACUGAUACGAUAUCUCAUAUCAAUCGUGUCAAAUGCCGCCUCGCCUAUAAAUUGUGUCCAUGUCUCGAGCCGAUCACAACACCAAAACAUAGUCACUCACAAUGGCCACCACCAGCAAGCAGGCUCUAGCUCUCGCUGCUCUCCUGAUCCUGCUCACCCGCACCCACCUCAUUGCCGCCGCAAGAGCCCCGGUCGCUGUAACCGGCAUUGGCGUUGGAGGAGGUGGCUACGGUGGAGGAGAAGGCGGUGGAAGCGCCGGUCAUGGUUACGGCUACGGUUCAGGCUAUGGAGCCGGUCAUGGCUAUGGCUAUGGCGGCAGCAUUGGUGGUGGUGGUGGUGGCGGCGGUGGGCAUGGGGGUGGCGGUGGUGGAGGUAGUGGCGACAUGGGCUCAGGGUACGGUUCUGGUUAUGGCAGUGGUUAUGGCUCCGGUUACGGUGCUGGCGGUCAAGGUGGUGGGGGAGGUGGUGGAGGAGGAGGAGGCGGUGGAUCCGGCUAUGGCAGUGGCGGUGGCUAUGGGUCUGGGUACGGAGAAGGCUAUGGGUCAGGCGGUGGCAUGAACGGUGGAGGUGGAGGGGGCGGCGGUGGAGGGGGAGGUGGUGACGGCGGCAGUGGUGGCUUUGGGCAUGGAAGCGGUGGAGGCUAUGGUUAUGGCAGUGGAGGUGGAGGUGGCUACGGUGGCGAGCAUGGCCACUGAGCAUCAUCUAUAGCAGUCAGUUGUUACCACUGUUUAUAAACAGAAAUUAAAGCCGGUAACAGAGAAGAGAAGAAUAAACAUGGUUGGUGACUAGGCUUGUGUAGAUCAGCCAUCCUGAGAUGCAUGCAUGCAUGUUAAUGAUUAUUGCCACCAUACUGUAUUGAUAAGAUGAAAUAAAGCUUAUUCGGUUUGAA